AUGAGUGAGCAAAAACAAUACAAAAACUUGGAAACUUUAGUUUCCAGAUAUAUUAAGUUGAAUAUGAGUGAAGAAGAAGAAACUGUUUCUGAUAACUUUGAUUUAUGUAUGGGAACAAAGUCUAUUCGAAAUAAACGAAGAAAAAUUGAGAAUGCUGAUUCUUCAAAUAAGAGUUCUGAAAACUUAAGUCAUAUAAGAUUAACAGGUGCUAUAGCACAAUACCUUUUAAGUAGAGUGCCUUUGCCUACAUCUAGAGUUGAUUUACAAAAAAAAUUCAUCAAACCAGAAGGUUCGAAGAAAGUUGAUUUGGAUUCAAUUCUUAAUUUAAUUAAUGAUAAAUUUAAGUCUUGUUUGGGGUUGGGUAUUUUUGGACUGGAUAAAUCAAUCACUAAUCAAACAUCAUCUAAUCCAAAAUAUUACGUAGUACAGUUAAAUAGGUCAAAGGCUCACUUGGAUCUAGUAUAUCAGUUUGGAAACAUUAACUUUAAAUCUAUUGGAGAGCUUACAGUAGAUCAAGACGAAACUAACCUUGUUUCAAACCGACUCUGUAAUUCAUUUCUAACAUUUCUAAGCUUUCUAUUUGGCUUCUUUGAAAUAACCUCCUCAGAUGAAGAUCUCAUCCAAAACGAUGAUGAUUCCUCCAAAGUUAUCCAAAACAAUGAAGAAAUUGAAAUUCCGAUUGAGCUAAUUAAUGAGUUUACUGGAGUCAUUUUUAAUUCAGAAAAAAUUCUGUUUGAAUUAAACACACUCUUCGGCUCAAAAUCAACUAACUCAAAACAAACCAAUGAAGAGGAAGAUUCUCUAAUCACAGUUAAUUCCAAACUGUCUAAGAUAUCAAUUAUAUUUUACAUUCUUUACAAGGCGGGAUACCUUAUUCCCACAUUUUCAACCCAAACAACCAAUGGUAAUCAUAUCGUCUCUGGGUUCAAAAAUGGGCCUAUACUUAAAUGGGACUCUGAACAUAUUAAAAAAAUCGUCCAUUUGAACUCUUAA